AUGCGGCAUAGGCGCGGGCUCGCUAUAGGAAUCCUGCUCGUUUUACAUAUGAGUGGAACACUGAGUGACCAGACAUCGAAUGAAAGUAGUAGCGGAGGCGGGGCGCCUAACUCUGAUUCGAGUAAUGCAGCAGAACCCUCCAGCGACCAACUAGCCAUGGAGUCGUCGGAAAGGGAAACACCCAGUCACGCUUACAAUGGUCCACCCCCGCCUGUACCACCGCCUCAUAAUAGACGACAGAAUCCUCCUCAUCAUCAGCCACACCACCCUAUAGGUAUGCCCAGGAUCACAAAUCAUCAUCAAAUCCACUCAAAGCCUUUUGCACUUGGUCCGCCCGGUCAUCAUAAAAAUGAUAUCAACUCAGGUUUCCGAGGCCCUCCACCUCCGCCAGCUCCUCCAGCAGAUGCUCAAACUUCAGCCAGUGAAAAGGUUUUUAGUACAAGUGGAGAUGUCUGGCCAGCACCCGCCCCUGAUAUGCCAAAAAUUUUAUCACUCGAUGUAAAAUGUGAAAAGAAUGCUAUGAGAGUAUUUCUAAGCUUUGAUAAACCAUUCUUUGGAAUAGUUUUCUCUAAAGGACAUUAUUCAAAUCAUCAGUGCGUACAUUUGCCUCCUAAUCUAGGUAGAACAUCGGCAUCAUUUGAAAUUGGUGCACAUGCAUGCGGUACAGCUGGCAGCGGAGAUCCGAGAUAUAGAGGAGAUGCAGCUGCAGCGGGUACAUAUUUUGAAAAUGUAAUAGUUAUUCAGUAUGAUCCACAAGUACAAGAAGUAUGGGAUCAAGCGCGUAAACUUCGUUGUACUUGGCAUGACCAAUAUGAAAAGGCUGUUACAUUCCGUCCGUUCCCCGUAGACAUGCUAGACGUAGUCAGAGCUGACUUUGCCGGAGAUAAUGUCGGCUGCUGGAUGCAGAUUCAAGUUGGUAAAGGACCAUGGGCUUCUGAAGUAUCUGGACUUGUAAAGAUCGGACAAACAAUGACAAUGGUACUUGCAAUUAAGGACGAUGACGCGAAGUUUGAUAUGUUAGUACGUGAUUGUGUAGCUCAUGAUGGUCAACGCGCUCCUAUACAAUUAGUCGAUAGGCGAGGCUGUGUAACAAGACCAAAACUUAUGUCGAGAUUUACAAAAAUAAAGAACUUCGGAGCAAGUGCAUCCGUGCUUUCAUAUGCCCACUUCCAAGCAUUCAAAUUCCCAGAUUCUAUGGAGGUUCACUUCCAAUGUACAAUUCAGAUUUGCAGAUAUCAUUGCCCAGAACAAUGCUCUGACGGAAACCCUAAUGUUAUAGCACCUCACGCUGAAUAUGGACCUCCGCAAAUAGAUUCAUAUCCAGUCAGUGUCGAAAUUAGAAGGGAUGAGCGAAGAGUCAGGAGGCAACGAUCCACAUCGCCAGAGAAAGAGGUUGGAGUUAACAGAGUAAUUCGUGUGGUUUCCGCUGGAGAUUUAAAUUUAGAUUCUACAGAAGAAAACAUAGCGCCUAAAAUUUUACCUACACCUGGAUUGGUUUGUAUGACCACUCCAGGAUUUGCUGCAACACUUGGUGCUCUCCUUGCCACUUUAAUAUGCUCAUGCGCUUUAUCAGCAGUUCUAUUUUUGAAGCUUCGACCAAUCUCAAAGCUAAAGAAGAAAACCGCUGCAAUUAGCACGAUACCGCGACCACAUCCGCCUUCAGGACCGCAUAUUAUUUCAAAAAGUCGAUUUUACUCG